AUGGAACAACCAGAAUCUAAUCCAACAUUUUGUACAAAUAAUUGUGGGUUUUAUGGUUCAUCACAAUUUGAAGGAAUGUGUUCCAAGUGUUAUCGUGACCACGUUAGUCGUUCAUACAAUGCCGGACGAACUAAUUCCUUUAACAGUUAUUAUUCAUCUUCGAACACUUCUGUGACUUCUCAAAAUCAUCAUCAAGAUGAAGCCAUAGAAGAUAAUGCUACUAGUUCAAUAGAAAAUGAUAACAGUGAUGAUCAUUUAGAACAUGAAACUGAUGCUAGUCAACUGCCUAAUGUUGCAUCAGCGUCGUCAAUAUCAGAUGAAACCGAGUCAACAACAAAGAAUGAUUCAUCCAUUACAGAAACAAACUCACUAAUAGCUUCUCCCGUCAGUGUAGAAAAUAAAAAAAAACGGAAUCGUUGCACAUGGGAAACUUGUAAUAAAAAACUUGGAUUAACAGGUUUUGAUUGUCGUUGUGGUGGUCAAUUUUGUUCGUUACAUCGUUAUGCCAAUGAACACCAUUGCACAUUUGAUUAUAAAGAACAUGGUCAAAAUGAAAUCAGAAAGAAUAUGCCUGUGAUGGCUGGAUUUGAUGAUGUUGGAGUGUUCUUUUCCGAUAAUUUCGGUGCUGAUAAUAAUAAUGAAUUUGAUAAUGAAACUGAUCUUAAUCGAGCAUCGAUUAAAAAGAAAUUUAAAAUGUUUAUACGAGAAUUUCAUAUAAAUAAUCUUUUCAUUUAUCGGGAAAUGUUACGACGAAAUUAUAAUAGUCGAAGAUAUUGGAUUGAUAUUGAAAUCAGACAUUUAAGUGAUUAUGACGAUAAUCUUUGUGAUCAUCUUAAAAAGCAGCCAUCGGAACUUUUACCAUUAUUUGAAGAAGCAGCCAAGGAAGUUGCUGAUGAAAUAACUCGCCCACGUCCUGAUGACGAUGUUGACAUGCAUGAUAUACAAAUAAUGUUAAUGAAUGAUGCGCAUCCACUUCAUCUUCGACAUCUAAAAUCGGAAUAUGUAUCAAAAUUAGUGAAGACUGUUGGUAUUGUUAUUGCAGCAAGUAGUGUACGAACAAAAGCUUCACAUAUCGCUGUACAAUGUCGGUCAUGUCGCAACAUUAUUUCAAAUAUUAAAGUUAAACCUGGCUUAGAAGGUUAUGCAAUGCCAAGAAAAUGCACUAGCGUAACUCAACCAGGUCAACCACCAUGCCCACUCGAUCCUUAUUUCGUUAUGCCCGAUAAGUGUCAAUGUAUUGAUUUUCAAAUUCUGAAAUUACAAGAAGCACCGGAAUUUGUACCACAUGGUGAAAUGCCAAAACAUAUUCAACUCUAUUGUGAUCGACAUCUUGUUGAUCGGGCAAUGCCGGGAAAUAAAAUAACACUCGUUGGUAUUUAUUGUAUUAAACGAAAUGUUGCUAUGAAUAAGAUGAGAGGAAAAGAAAAAUCUACUAUUGGUACACGCCAACCAUAUGUUCGUGUUCUUGGUAUUCGUAUUGAUACAGAUGGUGCCGGACGAUCAUCGGCUCAAACACUAUCAACUUCUGAAGAAGAAGAAUUUGUUCGGUUCGCUCAAACACCUGAUGUUUAUGACACAAUCGCAAAUAGCAUUGCGCCAUCCAUUUAUGGUGCCACAGAUAUAAAAAAAGCUGUUGCUUGUUUAUUAUUUGGUGGUGCUAGAAAACGUUUACCCGAUGGGUUAUUUCGUCGUGGUGAUGUUAACGUUCUGCUUGUCGGUGAUCCCGGUACAGCUAAAUCUCAAUUAUUGAAAUUUGCAGAAAAGGUUUCACCAAUUGGUGUUUAUACAAGUGGUAAAGGUAGUAGUGCAGCUGGUCUUACGGCAAGUGUAAUACGUGAUCCAAGUUCAAAGAAUUUUGUUAUCGAAGGUGGUGCAAUGGUAUUGGCUGAUGGUGGUGUUGUCUGUAUCGAUGAAUUUGAUAAAAUGCGUGAAGAUGAUCGUGUUGCUAUUCACGAAGCUAUGGAACAACAAACAAUAUCAAUUGCGAAAGCCGGUAUAACGACAACAUUAAAUUCUCGAUGUAGCAUUUUGGCAGCAGCUAACUCAAUCUAUGGCCGAUGGGACGACUUGAAAGGCGAUGACAAUUUAGAUUUUAUGCCUACUAUUUUGUCACGUUUUGAUAUGAUUUUUAUUAUUAAAGAUGAACAUGAUGAGAAACGAGAUACGACUUUAGCUAAACAUGUUAUGAGAAUUCAUAUGAAUAUAUUGAAUACAGAUGAUAAUGGUUCUGAUUUAAGUAUUCAAAAAUUAAAGAAAUAUAUUGCUUAUUGUCGAAGUAAAUGUGGACCACGUUUAUCGGAAAGUGCUUCGGAAAAAUUACGAAAUCAGUAUGUUGUUAUGCGUAAUGGUACGAGUAUUUAUGAACGUGAAGUUGGAAAGAAAACGGCUAUUCCAAUUACUGUUCGACAACUUGAAGCAUUAGUUCGUAUUUCUGAAAGUUUGGCUAAAAUGCGUUUAGCACCAUUUGCUAAUGAAACCGAUGUUGAUGAAGCACUUCGAUUAUUUCAUGUUUCAACGCUCUCAUCAGCUGGCUCAGGAAAUUUAGCUGGCAUCGAAGGUUUUACAACUCGUGAAGAUCAAGAAGAAAUUUCUCGUAUUGAAAAACAAGUUCGCCGUCGAUUUGUAGUUGGUUCACAAGUAUCCGAACAUGCUAUUGUUCAAGAUUUUAUUCGCCAAAAUUAUCCUGAACGUGCAAUAUAUAAAGUUCUCCAUGCAAUGGUACGCCGCGGUGAUAUUCAAUAUCGCAUGCAACCGACUGAAAACGAUGCUCAAUGUACAGGUAUCAUCAAAAACAGCAUAACUUUGGUGAAACUAUCCAAUAAACCUCCAUUCCCCUAUACACGUUAUGACGAAAUAUUCACGGCAACUGAAUAUAGUACAACUCUCAUGUUUGUUAUUAGACAGGAUCCAAGUUUUUGGUCUAUCGAUGAUGUUUCAGUAAUUGACACGAGCAAUAACCAACAGCUUAUCAACAACGGUGGUUUUGAAUCGGGAAGCUUUGAAAACUGGACUUUUUGUAACCCAAAUGGCGCAACAUGUUCUGGUGUGAUUAAAGUUGGGUGUGCAAAGAGUGGGCAAUACUGCUAUUAUGACGGAGCGGUUGGAUCCAUGGAUUAUUUAAGUCAAAAUUUUUUGACUACACGUGGAAGAACAUAUCAGGUGACAUUUUGGCUGCGGAAUCAUGGCUCCACACCGAAUAGUGUAGACAUCCUUGUUGGUCUGUAUCUAAAAUGUUGUGUGUAA